CAACGAGGAAACUCUUCGACCUCGAAAUGCAUAGAGAUGGAGAAUAUGAAGACGAGGAACGAAUUCGUCAAAGGAAGAAGAAGCUCGAAAAAGCACUAGAAGUGAAGCCUCUCAGGCGCAUCAUCAGUGCCUACCUCAACUAUCCAGAUGCUGCGGAAGAGGAUGUCAAAAGAUAUGAAAGAUCUUUCGGAAAGCUUUCACCUGCCCACAAGGCUUUGCUCUCCCAUUAUCCUCAGAAGUUGGAAAGACAAAGAAGGUGCAUUGCUACAAAUGCAUAUUUCGUUGUUUGCAUGCUUCAGGCAUUUGAACCUCCGCUUGAUAUGAGCCAAGACAUGGGUAAUUGUGAGGUUCCACAUCUUCAAUGUGCUCCAACUGAUCAGCGCUCUUCUGCCCCAACUAGUGAAAGAACAUGUCAUAACAAUUGUCCCAUAUCUGAACAAGCUCCACUUGGAGAAGGAACCAAUGAGGUGCAAAUGGAUGGUCUGCAUGACUUUGGUCCUGAGAGCUCUCCUUCCAGCUUGGAGAAAAUGAAAGAGGCUGAUAAAUGUGGAGGAGAUCAGGUCUCCUUUUCUCAUGCAUGGUUAGAUCCAUCACUUCAGUCACAUGUGCCUUUAGUUGAUGUUGAUACGGUUCGCUGGAUUAUAAGGAAUAUAGCUAGAGACUGGGCAGCGGAGGGACAGAAAGAACGUGAUCAGUGCCACAAGCCUAUUCUUGACGAGCUUAGUGCCCUAUUUCCUCAUCGCAGCAAGGGAAGCUCUCCUUCCUGUUUAGUACCUGGCGCUGGGCUCGGGAGAUUGGCCAUGGAGAUAUCAUGUCUUGGUUUUGUGACCCAGGGAUGUGACUUCUCAUACUAUAUGAGGAUAUGCUCAAGCUUUGUUCUGAAUAGUACACGCACUGCUGGGGAGUGGACAGUAUAUCCUUGGAUUCACAGCAAUUGCAAUUCACUUUCAGACAGUGACCAAUUCCGCCCUGUAUCAUUUCCAGACAUUCAUCCUGCCCGUGCCGGGAUUACGGAAGGGUUUUCUAUGUGUGGUGGCGACUUUGUUAAAGUCUACAGUGAUCCAAGCCAUGUAGGAGUUUGGGAUGCUGUGGUAACUUGUUUCUUUAUUGAUACGGCGCGCAACAUUGUCGAAUACAUUGAAAUCAUAUCGAGAAUAUUGAAAGAUGGGGGAGUUUGGAUAAAUUUGGGACCUCUAUUAUAUCACUUUGUAGGCCAAGAAGAUGAGAUGUCCAUUGAACUGAGUUUGGAAGAUGUGAAGAGGGUUGCUUUGCAUUAUGGGUUCCAAUUUGAGAAGGAAGAAACCAUUGAGACGACCUACAGUACAAAUCCCCAAUCCAUGAUGCAGAAUCGAUAUUUUGCGGCAUUUUGGACAGCGAGGAAAGUUUCAUCGAAGGAGGACGCAGCUCACUAAAUUCAUCUCAUUGUGUUUUACAAUCAUU